GGUGUGCCGCAGGGGCCGGCUGGAGGCUUCGGUGUAGGUGGUUUUGAUCAGGGCGGUGGGUUUGGUGGUGGAGGAGGCGGCGGUGGAGGCGGCGGUGGCAGAGGGAGAGGAAGAAGGGGUCGCGGAAACUGGUGA